AUGGCGGACCUCGAGGCGCUUUGGGCGGACGUCGCCGAUGACGACGCGGUCGAUGUCCGCGCCGCCGGGGGCCGCGCCGUGUGCGAGGGAUGCGCGCGCCCGGCCUCGGCGUGUCUCUGCGACCGCCUGCCCGCACAGCCCGUCGAAACUCGCGGCGCGCUCGUCGUGCUGACGCAUCCGAACGAGUCUAAGCGCGCGCUGAACACCGGUUGGAUCCUGCCCCGGUGCAUGCGACGCUGCGAGAUCGUUCGCGGGCGAUAUCCGCCGCAACACCUGCAGGACAGGAUGGCCGGGAUGGCACCGGACGUUCCGAUGUACCUCCUGUACCCGUCGACAUCGGCGACGAAUCUGGACGAGGUUUCGGUGGUGGACGACGCCGCGGCGAUCGUUUCGGCGUCGACGGGUCAGGUCUCGCUCGGCCCCGACGACGUGCUCGCGGGCGCGGCGUACGUGUGCGUGUGCAUAGACAGCACGUGGGGGCAGGCGAGGGAGAUGGCGGUGCCGACGCUCGAGAAGAUGCCCGCGAGGACGCGGCUCAUCCAGCUGCCGUUGACGUCGACGAUGGACGACGACGUUGACGGUUCGAGGGUGGACGCGCCGGGGCUGCGACGGUUCUCCGAGGGCGACGGGGGCGCCGGGUCGCUGCUCACCCCACCCGCGCCCGGUGCUAUGCUCACCGCGGAAGCCGCCGCCAGGGCCGUGGCGAUGCUCGAAUCGACGUGUCCCGGAGGAGGAGGAGGAGGAGGAGGAGGAGGAGGAGGAGGGGGCGCGAGCGUCGAGCGUUGGUGCGUUGGAGCCGUGAGCGCGAUGGCGGGGUUCCAGGCGCGGCACGAUCCGGCGAUGUCGGGCGGGGCGGUUAAGCGGGGCGGCGGGAGGCGGCAGAGGCUGGCGGAUCCGUCGAGGUUGGAGGGCGCCGCGGGAAGGGCGUUGUAG